AAACGCAUCACGUGUUAAUCCAAAUUUUGAGUAUCUAGAAUGGGAAAGAAACGGAAGAAACACUACAGACACGACCACUCUGACACUGAAGUCGGUGAGAGACCGCUCAAGCUGGUGCUUAAAGUAGGAAACAAUACAGACGGCGGAGGCUUCACGUCAAAGGCAAUCGUCGUGACACAAACGGAGAGGUCGGUUGGACCUUCACUAGCAACAACAACAAGCCAACGAAAUGUUGCCUUCAGAUCAGGCGAACACUUCGUUCAGCGUCAAGAAAUGUCGUCUAUGCCCGUCUUAAUGGUGGAUGACGACGUUGCAAAGAAAAAGAAGAAGAAAAAGAAGAAGCACAGACACUCAGAGGGUCAUGCAGUCACUCAUCAGUCUGCUGUUUUGGCCUACAGACCCGAGGAACAACAACAACUCGAGAGACUGUAUCAUCAUCCUUCCGGUAGUGAUGCUCAUAGAGAGAUGGGACGUAUGCAGCACUUAAUUGGAAAGCACAAGCAUCCCCAUAAGCACAAGAAACAUCAUCACCACCAUCACGAUCGACCGAACAAGAAGCACAGACUGUUAGGACCUCUCGUCACGACUGGAGCUCUCGCUGGCGAUUCAUACGGCGUUGAUGAUUAUGUAACGCCUAUGGUGACUUCUGGACAUGGUCUAAAGAUGAGUUUCAAGAGAGAUGUGUCAUUCGCAAGAAGUUUCGAGCCACCUGUGAAAAAGUCCGUUCAGAUGUCUGCUCCACCUAGUCCACCUCCAUUCUUUAUUGAUCCAUCGAUACCAGCAAGAGUGACUCGAUCUCAAGAUGUUCCCGGGUUUGAAGAGCGAAAUCGCACAAAAGACAAGGAAUUAAAGAAACUUUUGCUGCGCUUUCUCAAUGCUCUACAAAGGAAAGACGUCCAUCAUAUGUUUGCAAUGCCUGUGAGUGAUAAGAUCGCUCCGGGCUAUUCGACUGUCAUCAAGCAUCCCAUGGACUUUCAAAUGAUGCGAUUGAAGAUCGACCGAUCUGUGUAUAGAUCCAUAGAUGAGUUCAAGGACGACUUAGAGUUGAUUUGCACCAACUGCACUACGUACAACGCUCCGGACACGAUCUAUUACAAAACGGCUGUCAAGUUGUUGGAGUUUGGUCUCAAGUUGAUGAAGGUUGUCAUUUUGUUUUACAUCCACAAAUGUACAGCAUUUGUACAGUGUGCACACCGUGUCUCUAUUCGUGUGCUGCAGGAUAGUUUGAGUCCUUCGAAACGUAACAUGCCACCACACUUGGUCGCAGCACUCAAUGCGUCUCAGAAUGCGACGUUGGGACCAGCAGGACUGUCUAGACAACCCGACGAUGAUUUGGUUGACGUCGAUAAUAUCGAUGACGACAAUGGAGUUUAUCUGUUGAGCGAUCAAAACCGACGAUACGGCAUCGUUGACUUCAUGAAUGGCAGUAUGCUGGACCAGGAAGGGACGGCGGAGACGAUAACAGAGCAGACAGAGACGGCUGCAAAAGCUGCAGCAGCAAAAAUUACCGAACAAUGUCCGAACAGCAGGAUUGGAUUUCUCUCGACUGAUUCGAGUGGUGCGACGACUCUGCGUGUUGUGAAUCCGGAUCAAGAUAAAGAGAACAUUCCUCUUAAUGUUGAUCUGCGUAGUCUGGCCGGUCCAGUACACAAUGGGACCUCGAAACUGGCUGAUGUGAAAGAGGACGCCAAGGAUCUGGUGAUACCGGUGUCUUAUUUGUUCUAUGGACCUUUUACGUCGUUUGCUCCUUUGUAUGAUUCUUCUCGAUCCAAUAUGUCGAAGGAAGAUUCUGACCUUUUGUUGUCUACAUAUACAGAUGCGACAGGUUUACAGUUUGCUCACAGUUUACAGAAGUUUGUUGAAACUGCCGGUCCUGCUGCACAACGUGUGGUAGACUCUAUCCUCGAUUCGGUGACUGACAGGAAACAUUCUGUCGUCACCACAAAGCGAAAAGAGCAGCAAAAAGAGGAAGCGAAACAGAAAGCAGAUGUACAACCUGCAAGUGAGAGCAAGGCGAGAGACGAAUCAGCCGAAUCCUUGACACGAGACAUGAUCAGUUCACUUCUGUUGUUGUCCGAUGAAGGCAUCGACGUGUCAUUCCUAGACAAAGACGCCAGCGAGACAAGCAUUCAAUCCCGACUAGACGAAAACGCUGCUCGUUUGAUAAACCUACAUCGAGCUCAUAACGAACGACUGUCGAAGGUUUACGACUCGUUGGAGAGCUUUUCGAGUCGACUACCGCAACCUACAGAACAAGAACAAAGUCUAGCACUGCAAGUGGCAAACGAACUCAAGCAACUUUCGGCACAAGUAUGUCCCGGUGACAUAGUUUCUUCAGAGGCUAUUCAGCACGUUUUGAGACCAGGCAUGGCAGCUAGUGACAGCAGCAGCAACGAAGCCGUCAGUACAGCCAAUGCAAGUAAUGGCAUGUCGCUGCUAAAGCAACUAGGACUGGACGAUGACGAUGGCCGAGAUGAGGUCGGACCGUCUGAUUCGGUCGUCAUCCAACAGAACGAGCUGCGAGAAACAAAGGUGGCUACGGAUGCCAGCGACGAAGCAAUGGACGUUGACAGUGACAACUUCAUAGCGAGUCUAUUGAAUGAAUUUACAGGUAACAGCGGUGACCUAUAGCUGUUGUUCUGUUGGUAUACAUACAUGUAUUUAUCCGUUUAAACUUAAUUAUGGACAUACCCUGACACACACAACGGAUAAAUCUCAUAU